UGUAAAUAUGUAAUAGUUUGGGAAAAAGAUGCCCGCCUUUACCAAAAACUAUAAAGAUUGGCGGAGUGAAUAAGUGAUGGCGGUAGUUGAGAAUAGGUACCAUCAAAAGUAACCAUGGCGACUUGGUCAAUUGCAAGUUUCAACCGCUACAUCAUCUUUAUUAUUAAGUAUCAAAUUUUCUAGAUUGGGAAGGUGGGAAGGUAGAAAUUUUAAUGAAAUAUGACGAUCCUGAGUCCAUAUAUUCCUUGUUUAUAUUGGUUUUAUUUUUGGGCUGUCACUACCUAUCACUUUCACCAUCAUAUAUUUCUCUUACACAAUGCAACUCAACCUGCCUGCUUUGUGCCUACUCUCAAGUUCUUUGAAUGAGUGAGAUUUUCAAGGGAAAAUAUGAUGUGGGUAUCUAAAAAAUUCAGCACUUUCUCUUCCAUUAAGAUGCUGCUGUUUGCAAUCUUUAUGUGUUUCUUCAUGGGAGUUAGAGCUCAAGUUACUCACCCUGAUGAAGUUGGCGCAUUGCGUGCAAUUAGAAGAAUUUUGGUGGAUCCAAUGGAGAAUCUAAACAACUGGGACAGUGGGGAUCCUUGCACAUCCAAUUGGACAGGCAUUGUGUGUUACAACCGGACAAUGGAGAAGGAUGGUUAUUUGCAUGUACAAGAACUGGAACUCCUGAAAAUGAAUCUAUCUGGGUCAUUAUCACCAGAACUUGGCAGCUUAUCUUACUUGAAAAUUCUGGACUUUAUGUGGAAUAGCAUAACUGGGAACAUACCAAAGGAGAUAGGCAACAUCAAAACAUUGGAGCUCCUGCUCUUAAAUGGAAAUCAGCUCACAGGCCCCUUGCCAGAAGAACUUGGUUAUCUUCCUAAUCUGGAUCGUAUACAAAUUGAUCAAAACAAAAUAUCAGGGGAGCUACCUAAAUCAUUUGCAAACUUGAACAAGACAAAGCAUUUUCAUAUGAACAACAAUUCUAUAAGUGGUCAAAUCCCUAGUGAAUUAUCGAGAAUGCCCAAACUUGUUCAUUUCCUGCUUGACAAUAACAACCUUUCAGGUCAUCUUCCCCCUGAGUUUUCUGAACUGCCAAGUUUGCUGAUUAUACAACUGGAUAACAAUCACUUUGACGGGACUACUAUUCCUGCAAGCUAUAGCAACAUGUCUAAAUUGUUGAAAUUGAGUCUGAGGAACUGUGGCCUACAAGGACCAAUUCCUGACCUGAGCAAAAUACCCCAACUUAGUUAUAUAGACCUCAGUUCAAAUCAAUUGAGUGGCUCCAUACCACCCAACAAGCUUUCAAAUAAUAUGACCACCGUCAUACUGUCAAACAACAGCCUUUCCGGAAGUGUACCUACCAACUUUUCAAGGCUUCCUUAUCUUGAGAAACUGUCAUUAGCCAAUAAUAGGCUAAAUGGUUCUCUUCCUUCCACAAUUUGGCAAAAUAGAACUUUAACUGGAGCUCAGAAACUUCUCUUGGAUUUUCAGAAUAAUAUGCUGUCAAACAUUUCUGGGAGUACCAACAUCCCAUCAAACGUUACACUUCUGCUACAUGGAAAUCCUCUGUGCUCAAGGGCAAAUUUUGACCAGCUCUGUGGUUCAAAUUCAGAUGAAAAUGACAGCGAGAAUGAGGGUCUAAGAAAUGCAACGAAUAGUUGUCCUAGUCAAGCAUGUCCAUCGUCUUAUGAAUAUCCACCUCUUUCUUACCCAGAGUCUUGCUUCUGUGCUGCACCUUUGCUCAUUGAAUAUCGUUUGAAAAGUCCUGGAUUUUUACGUUUUAAUCCAUACAGGAAUGGGUUUCAGGAAUACCUAUCGUCUGGUCUCCACUUAUAUCCUUACCAGGUUGACGUUAAUUCUCCCAUUUGGCAAGAGGGCCCUCGGCUGAAGAUGACUUUGAAACUUUUUCCUGCAUAUAAUGGCACCAACAACAGUCAUAUUUUCAAUGAAAGUGAAGUUCAACGUAUCUGGAGAAUGUUUACUGGAUGGAACGUUCCUGAUAAUGAUACUUUUGGACCGUAUGAACUUCUUGGCUUCAUGCUAUUGGAUCCUUAUAAGAAAGAAUCCCUAAUACGGUCACCAAAGGUUGGCUUAAGCCCUGGUGCACUUGCUGGUAUAGUACUUGGGACAUUAGCUUUUGCAGCUACCUUAUCAGCAGCUGUUUCACUUCUUAUAUAUAGAAUAUAUUUGAGGAAGCAUCAAGGUCGUCCAAGGAGCCGUCGAGCAGUGUCCCGAAACCCCAUCAAAAUUGAUGGGGUGAAGGGUUUCACUUAUGACGAGAUGGCAGUUGCUAGCAACAACUUUUCCGACUCCCAGCAAGUGGGGCAAGGAGGCUAUGGAAAGGUCUAUAAAGGUAUUCUUGCUGAUGGCACUAUAGUAGCCAUUAAACGUGCACAAGAAGGAUCGUUACAGGGUGACAAGGAAUUUUUCACAGAAAUCGAGUUGCUAUCAAGGCUACAUCAUAGAAACCUUGUCUCUUUGCUAGGCUAUUGUGAGGAAGAAGGUGAACAGAUGCUAGUUUAUGAAUUCAUGCCAAAUGGAACUUUAAGGGAUCAUAUUUCGGCUAAGUGCAAACAGCCUCUGAAUUUCGCAUCAAGACUAAGAGUCGCACUAGGUUCUUCAAAGGGGAUUCUCUACCUUCAUACUGAAGCUGAUCCUCCAAUAUUUCACCGAGAUAUCAAGGCUAGCAACAUCUUACUGGACUCCAAAUAUAUGGCAAAGGUUGCUGAUUUUGGACUAUCGCGACUUGCACCAGUUCCGGAUAUUGAAGGACUUACUCCAGCUCACGUAUCUACGGUUGUCAAGGGAACACCGGGAUACCUUGAUCCUGAGUACUUCUUAACCCAUAAGUUGACAGAUAAAAGUGAUGUUUACAGCCUUGGAGUUGUCUUUCUAGAGCUUUUGACAGGGAUGCAGCCAAUUUCACAUGGCAAAAAUAUUGUUCGAGAGGUUAACAUGGCAUAUCAGGCUGGUAUUACAUUUUCUGUUUUUGAUGAGCGGAUGGGGUCUUAUCCUUCUGAGUGUGCGGAGAAGUUUUUGAAUCUAGCACUUAAAUGUUGUCAAGACGAGACAGAUGCAAGGCCAAGGAUGGUAGAGGUUGUGCGAGAACUAGAAAAUAUAUAUGGUUUGAUGCCAGAUUCAGAAUCAAUAUCAGAAUCUUCAACAAGUCUACUUUCAGGGAACCUCACUUCACCAAGUUACUCAUCCACUAUGAAGAACCCAUAUAUCUCGUCUGAUGUCUCAGGCAGCGAUCUUGUUAGCGGAGCUGUUCCUAACAUCAGUCCUAGGUAGAUGAUGGCAAAGAGGCUCUAUGUAGUUGGAUGAUCAUGUUGAACUCUUAGCAAUCACUUCUACAUAUAUGUAUAUAUAAUUCCUGAAAAGAUAGGUUCAAGAAAAGGGAAACCAAAAAAAGUCCAUUCAAUGUCAGUGUCAAUUUUCCAGGUUUUAGCUUUGGAAUUUUGGAAGUCAUGGUAUGGGAUGUAUCAUAAACCUAAAAUUAGAUAUACUUUCACUUGUCAAGUUCA